GUUUUAUAAAUUAAGUAUUGUAUGAAAAAUCUUCAUCGCCCUUCUAAUUGAAACAAAAAGUGACCGAGAAGCGUUUUUUGUAGUGCACUCAAUAAACUUAAACCAAAAUCAAGCCUACAAUACAAUCAACGGUUAACAAAUUGAAAAGAUGGCGCCAUACCUCGAUCUAUCCACUGAGCAACUGAAUGUUCUUCUAAACUUCGCUGCAUCGAACCCUCACCUGGCUUUUGGGCGAGUCAACUCGAACUCUGACGAUCAGUUCGAGAGCGAAUUUAAAUGGAAAGAAUUGAUGAGAGAUAUCAACUGCUUGAACCCUAGUACGCAAAGGGCGCGCGGCGUAAAGGAGUACAAAGCGUACUGGACAAAGCUGAAAAGUAAACUAUCCGUUAAGAUGAACCGAGCUCGCCGACAGCUGAACAUGUCUAAAAAGCCGGCCAAGCUGGCCUUGCAUGACUACGAGAUACGAAUGUUCAAUAUGAUGCCUAAAAACGCUAAAGAUAAAUUUCUUGUGAUUGAAGCCAUUGAGGAUAAAAAUACUAGCAAGAACAAGAUUAUCAUAAAACAAGAACCGACUGUACCUUUUCCGUAUGAAGACAUAAAUAAAAAAGUGGAAACGGUUCUCGAAGGACUUGAAAUAAUAGCGGAUUCCAUACAAAAUGUGGCUCGGUUGCAAGUCGAGCUUACUAAAGGGCAGAUCAUAAUGGCCAAGGGUUUGAACAACAUGGCGGAGGUAUUCAAGAAGAUCAAGCAAAACUACAGUGAACUUUACAAUAAUAAUCAUAAUCAGAACUAAUUGUACUCUUAUUGUAAAACCAGAUUUAGAUUUGUCUGACGCGUUGUGUCAUUAUGACGCAUCAGAACGGAAUCAGUUUCAUAAAUAGGUCUUGGCUUAAUAUAACUCAGUCAGUGUUUGCGGUAUGAGAGCGACACGGAAUGGGUAACAUUGACAUAAUAUUAUUGCGUGAUAGAAUAAAGCAUAUUAAGAAGUCUCGCUGACGUUUGACAUCGCAAAAACCUUCAGUGCCACUCUUAUAUGUCAAUCACUGAUUGAGUUAAGCGCUAGGUCUAUAGAGUGUUACGUCGUAUUACCAGAGUAAACACAAAUGAGUCCAAUGGUCAUCUUCAUAGAAAUUUUGCGUGGAUUAGCGGUGAGGUGCCCUGAAUGUUGUCAGUGUGUACGUGCGCGCCGCAUACGUAUUGGCGCGCUCACAUACAAACCGCGCUCGGGCGUUUCUAUGAAGAUGACCUACUCAUUUGUAUUUACUCUGGUGUUACGAUGGCUUCUGACGUGUCACAUAAUAUGAAACUGAUUCCGUUCUGAUACGUCACGUCAUAAAACACGACACGUCAGAAAAAUACAAAUGCGGCUGACUUAUGAAAGACAUGUUUUUUGUGAAAUUAUGAUUACUUAUUUUAAGUUUGGAUCUCAUAAUGUUGAUGUUGAUUUGAAAUCAUUCAAGAAUAUUGAUUAUUGUAAUUUAAUUUGAUUAAUUACUUGUAGGCUAUAAUUAUGUUUAUUCCAAAGCUAAACUUAAAAGUAAUUUAAUGAACAAGUAUUAAGUUUAGGAAUAUAGGUUUAAGAAAUAUCAAUGAUAAGUUUUGUUUUUGUAACAAUUAUGUUUUUUUAUUUCAGAGAAUUGUUAAUUUUGAGUUGAAUUUGUUUUUUUAUAGAUUUUUAUAAAUCCUCUUGGGACUAUGUUUUGUAGUA